CUCACCAACCUAUUAAUUAUAUUAUAAAUAUGGUACGCAAGAGCAGUUUAAAGGCUCAAGAACGCAAUAAUCUAUUAGCUGAGGCAGUCAUUGGAAUAAAAUCCGGAUUAUAUAAAUCUUCCUAUGCUGCUUCAAAGGCUUUAGGGCUUCGGACAUAUACAGUACAGACACGCUUAAAUGGAGGGCAGACGCGUAAGGAAGCGCGACAACAACAGCAACUCCUUACAAAAAAUCAAGAGCAAACACUUCUAAAGUGGAUUAAAGAGCUUACUGCAAGCGGCUACGCUCCUAGCCAUCGGAUAUUACGGGAGGUUGCAGAUGAAGUCCGGUCAAAUAAGUGUCGCGUUUUUCAGCCUCAACAACAACAACAACAACAACAACAACCUCAAACUCAACAACCUCAAACUCAACAACCUCAAAUACCUAAGUUACCUCUUAGGCAAGAGUGGGUGCCACGAUUCAUUUAAAGGCAUCCUAACUUACGUGUUAAGUUAGGACGUAGAGUUGAGGCACAAAGGAUAAAUGGGGUAACAAAGCAGGUGUUGAAGGGGUGGUUUAACGCGUACAAAAGCCUUAUAACAGAGCUAAAAAUCGAAAACUACAACACCUACAAUAUGGAUGAAACUAGAUUUUCAAUUGGAACUAUGCAAUCUACACGAAUUAUAGUCGACUCUACGCUCCGUACGCGAUUUCAAGCUCAUCCUAGCCGAUAGGAAUGGGUGUCUGCUGUUGAAUG